AUAUUAUUUCACUGUUAUUAUCUAGAGCUAGAAAUAUAUAGAUACUAUUUCACUAUAUUAUUUCACUGUUAUUAUCUACAGCUAGAAAUAUAUAGAUAUUAUUUCACUAUAUUAUUUCACUGUUAUUAUCUACAGCUAGAAAUAUAUAGAUAUUAUUUCACUGUUAUUAUCUAUAGCUAG